GCGAGGAGCAGCCCCUGGGCAGGCCACCUGCGUGCACGUUCCCCGGGGACCCCAGCAGCUCCGGCCCCGACGGAGUAGUGGGCACAGCAGAGCUGCAGCAGGCCGAGAGGGUAGCAAAGGACUGCAGCUGUCAAGCCUCGAGGGUAUCUGUUGGGACCUCCGGAACAGGCCAGGCUGGGCCAGAGGGGAACCCACGGCUGGGCAACCUGCUGCCUGGCACCUGGUGACGCAGUGGGGAGACAAGCCCAGCCCAGGCCAGCCGGCAGCACAGCUGUCGCAGCAGGGCUCACAGGCGUUUCGGCUCCGCAGGCGGCAGCACAGGGAGCGGAGCGGAGCACAAGCUGGCGGCUCCCGGACCAGCUGCUGCCGUCAGGAAGAGCUGGAAGGUCGGGGCCAGGUGCAGCUCCGCACCACUGGACUCUCCCUCUGCCAAGGGACGAGCAGGGACCCUGGGGGCAGGCAGAGGAGCGUCUGGGACGCAGGCCUGAUCUCAUGUUUGCAGCAGCCGGAGGAAGCUCAUCUCGUGCUGGUGACCAGGGAGGCUGCUGAGAAAGCAGCAAAUCUGCAUCCUGUGCCGGGAGGCCCCGUCUCGCUCUGGGGAACCUGCAAAAUUGGCACGAGCACUUCGGGGCUGUCUGCGCCCGGUGGGAGGGCUGAGUCAGCGGGCGAGACGGCAGGGUCUGGCCCCCACCGCUCCCCGCCGCGCUUCCGCGUGCGUGUUCUUGGCAAGCACGCGCCGGCAUCUAGCAGCACGGGAGGCAUCUCCGUGACAUGAGGCAUCACUGCAGCCCUGCCUGCCGGCUCCCGGAGACGCUGCUGGCUGCCUUGCACUCGCCCGCGUGAGCCGGCAGAGGAUGGAGGUGACUGGCAGCCUGUGGGCCAAGGAGCCUUCGCCGGAGCCAGGAGAACAGCGGCCGCGAAAGCGAGGAUUACAAACGCCCUCACGCUGAGGGCAGUGCGUGCACCAGGCCUGCUCCCGGAUCCCGGGGCUCCCGUGCCACCCCGGCCAGCGCCUCCCUUGUGGGACUUCGUGCCGAGAUGCUCGCCCCCCCUUCCUGCGAGCUCGCGGCGCAGAUGCCUCGGGUCCUGGCAGACGGCCGUGCCCCUGCCCCCGCGUGCUGAGGGACCUUGUGCGUGGGGCGUGGGGAGCGGAGAGGGGGCCACAGCUGGCGUCCGGACUCCAGCCCCCGAGGCAGCACGGCUGCUGCCAGCAGCCCGCUCGGCAGAUCCGGUGCCACGGGAGCUGCUAACACCUGCUCUCUCCGGGCACGGAGCCUGCGAAGGGCUGGCCUGGGACUGCUCGUCGCUGUCCGCAGCGGGGCCCUGAGGGCCGACAUGUGACUCCUGGCCCGCUGGGGUCGCGAGAGGUCUGGCUGCCGCAGCAGGGUCCCGGCGGGGACAGAGACCCGCUGCGGGCUGGUGAGACCCACCGUGGUGGCGCCCAGAGGAUGCCGGCGUCCUGUCUGCCAGCCCCACUCCAUGCUGCUGCCCAGGGGAUGGGGCUCUUGGGCUUCUCGUGGACCCUGUCGCUUCUGCUCUGUGCCCUGGAGCGGCCGAGGGCCCUGGCCGUGCGCGCGGAGGCAGCGAGCCCUGGCCUGGAGCCCGCGGGGGACAGCGUGCUGCUGGUGGGCGGCCGCGUGAAGCGCGGCUGGGUGUGGAACCAGUUCUUCGUGGUCGAGGAGUACACGGGCACGGAGCCGCUGUACGUGGGGAAGAUCCACUCGGACUCGGACGAGGGGGACGGCUCCAUCAAGUACACCAUCUCCGGGGAGGGCGCAGGCACCAUCUUCCUCAUCGACGAGGUCACGGGCGACAUCCAUGCCACCGAGCGCCUGGACCGGGAGCAGAAGACAUUUUACACGCUGCGGGCUCAGGCCCGGGACCGCCAAACCGACCAGCUGCUGGAGCCCGAAUCUGAGUUCAUCAUCAAGGUGCAGGACAUCAAUGACAGCGAGCCCCGCUUCCUGGAGGGGCCCUACAUUGGCAGCGUGGCCGAGCUGUCGCCCGUAGGCACGUCUGUGAUGCAGGUGAUGGCGUCGGACGCCGAUGACCCCACGUACGGCAGCAGUGCCCGGGUGGUGUACAGCGUGCUGGACGGCGAGCAGCACUUCACGGUGGACAGCAAGACAGGCGUGAUCCGCACGGCGGUGGCCGACCUGGACCGCGAGACGCAGGACCGGUACGAGGUGGUGAUCCGCGCCACGGACAUGGCAGGGCAGCUGGGCGGCCUGUCGGGAUCCACCACCGUGACCAUCGUCAUCACGGACGUCAACGACAACCCCCCACGGUUCCCGCAGAAGAUGUACCAGUUCAGCGUGGCAGAGACGGCGCCCACGGGCACGGCAGUUGGGAGGGUCAAGGCGGAGGAUGCCGACGUGGGGGAGAACACGGACAUGAUGUACCAGAUCAAGGACGAGGAGGGUGUGGAGUUGUUUAGGGUCACCACCGACAGCAACACCCAGGAGGCUGUGGUCCUCGUGCAGAAGCCGCUGGACUACGAGUCGAAGCGGGUGCACACGGUGGUGGUGGAGGCCCUCAACAAGUUCGUGGACCCACGGUUCGUGGACCUGGGCACCUUCCGGGACCAGACCAUCGUGCGCGUGUCCGUGCUGGACGUGGACGAGCCCCCCGAGUUCCGGCCGCCCUCCGGCCUGAUGGAGGUGCAGGAGGACGCCCGCGUUGGCUCCGUGGUGGGAGUCGUCACCGCGCUGGACCCCGAUGUUGCCAACAGCCCCGUCCGGUACGCCAUCGACCGCAGCACCGACCUGGAGAGUAUCUUUGACAUCGACGCCAACACCGGUGCCAUCAUGACCGGCAAGGUGCUGGACCGCGAGACGGCCGGCUGGCACAACAUCACGGUGCUGGCCAUGGAAGCAGACAACCACUCCCAGGUGUCCAGAGCAUCUCUCCGUAUCCGCAUCCUGGACGUGAACGACAACCCGCCCGAGCUGGCCACCCCAUACGAGGCCGCGGUGUGUGAGGACGCCAAGCCUGGCCAGCUGAUUCAGACGAUCAGCGUCGUGGACCGGGACGAGCCGCAGAGCGGCCAUCGCUUCUACUUCACGCUGGUGCCGGAAGCCACCAACAACCGCCACUUCUCACUGCUGGACGUGCAGGACAACACGGCCGCAGUGCACACGCAGCGAGUGGGCUUCAACCGCCAGGAGCAGGACGUCUACCUGCUCCCCAUCCUGGUGGUGGACAGCGGCCCGCCGGCGCUGAGCAGCACGGGCACGCUGACCAUCCGGGUGUGUGGCUGCGACAGCGCUGGCGCCAUCCAGUCCUGCAACAGCACCGCCUAUGCCAUGACAGCCACGCUGAGCCCCGGCGCCCUCAUCGCCCUGCUGGUCUGCAUCCUCAUCCUGGUCGUGCUGGUCCUGCUGAUCCUCACCCUGAAGCGCCAUCACAAGAGCCACCUGGCAUCAGAGGAGGACGAGGACAUGAGGGACAAUGUCAUCAAGUACAACGAUGAGGGGGGCGGGGAGCAGGACACCGAGGCCUACGACAUGUCGGCCCUGCGCAGCCUCUACGACUUCAGCGAGAUCAAGGGGGGGGACGGCGGGGGCGGCGCGGGCGACGGUGGCCUGAGCAGCAGCCUGGCCUCGGAGCUCCACGCCCUCCCGCAGUGGGUCCAGAGCCCGGACCUGGACUUCUCCAUGUUCAGAGACUACAUCAGCAAGAAGGUGGAGCAGGCGGACGAAGACCCGUCGGUGCCCCCCUACGACUCCUUCCAGACCUACGCCUUCGAGGGCGCGGACUCGCCCGUCCCGUCCCUGAGCUCCAUCAACACCUGGUCCACCAGCUCGGAGCAGGACUUCUCCUACCUGGGCAGCUGGGGGCCGCGCUUCCGGCAGCUGGCCACGCUCUACGCCGGGCACAAGGGCGAGGAGGAGGGCGAGGAGUCCUAGCCACGCCGGACUGCCCGGCCGCACCGACACCGGGCGCGCCCCCGGACCUGGGGGCUGCUGCAGGCGCAGGCGCAGACGCAGGCUCCGUCGGACGCCGCGGACGAUGCGCCAGCCGGAGCGCGCGGCCCGGCCGCGGCACCGGGAGGCCGAGGCGGCGCAGCCGGCUCUGGACAGGGCAGCGCCGGGGAUGUGAUGUGCUUUGUUACCACCUCGUUUCUGAGGCUCCGGCGCACACACGUAAGGAGGCUGAAGUGCCCAGCGGAGCCACUGUCGCCAUCAUAAUCUCUUUAAUAACAAUCUCCAUUAAAGCACUACACAUUAAUUUAAGAAAGGGAAAAUCUAAUUCAAGAGAGCUCGGAGGGGGCUUCCCCCCCACAAAUUAUCAUUUAAAUAGAUCUGUUCAAUGAGCCUGGGCAAGGGAAGGAAGAGAGAAACGGGAGCCUUUUGUUGUCUAAAUUGUUUUUGUCACUUGAUUCAGAGCAUUUGAAGUGCUUUGAUUUUUUAAGAGCUUUCCUCGCAGAGAGAAGCCAGCUUUUAACUCCUGUUCUGUUCCCCCCUCGCCUUUCCUCCCCCUCCCCGACUCCUCUCCUUUCUUUCUGUCCCUCCGGCGCGGGCGGGGGUCCGGGCAGCCACGUCUGCAGUCCCGGCUGCUUGCGUCCCCAGCGCGUUUGCCAGGACGUGGGCCCCGCGCUGGGCGCCUGUCCAAGGGUCGGCCACGCGGGCGGCUGCCGCUCGAGGGAGGCCUCGCUCCUGGCAGGUUUUGCCCUUGUUGCUAGAAGUCUCCUGCCCCGUUGUUGCCGGUUCUUGCAGAGAGCCGUGCUCAAACCAUCGUCCCUCCCAGCCCGUUGCCCCUGCACCGUGGGCUGGGGCCUGGAGGUGCCGUCACCGCAGCAGGGGCGCAGCUGCAGCUCGAGGGAGCCGGCUCCUGCCCUGAGCCCCCUCUCGUGGCAGGAGCUGAAGGGGGGCAGAGCCAUGGGGCAAAUGGGCCCUGACAAUGGGAGGGGCGAGUCUUGUGGAGCCGGGCCCUGGGGUGAAUAAAAGCGUGGUGCCCGGGCUGGUGUCUGCGAGGCAGAUGCUGCUCGGGGGGAUGGUGCUCACGACCCUGCGCUGCUGGGGGCUGUAGGCCGGUGCCAGAGCAGGGGUGGAAGCUGCCAAGCCUGAUGCCCCAGGAUGCUGCAUCUUACCUGGGCAGCCCCACGGCACUGGCGGGCCGGAGCAUCCCAGUCCUGCAGAGGCUGCGCAUGCCCGUGCUGCAGGGCAGAGCGUGGCAGAGGCCGUGUGCUGCGGGCACGUGGCAAGGCACGGAUCAGGGAGGGAUGCCGAAGGGCUCAGCAGGAGACCCGUGGCCCCUGGUGCAGAGGGGAGCAGUUCCCAGCCUAGCUGGGCCUUGCCGGCCAGACCAGGGGACCCUGCAAAUGAGACGCCAGCCCAGCGCCCAGGCAGAGGCUUGUCUGUACCAGCUCGGAGCGCGGGCAAGCC